UCAAAGAACUAUACGAGGUCACUGGCAUAGACUUCGAGAACAUCGUGUACUAUAAGGACGACACACACUACUUCGUGAUGACGGCUAAGAAACCCAGUCUGUUGGACAAAGGAGUACUGCUAAAUGAUUACGCUGAAGUGUCCCGCCUGCUCUCCUUCGAGAACGUCGACCGAGCGGCCCUCAUGCGGUACGCCCAAGAAGCGGCCCGCUUCUCAACCGAGGGCCGCUUGCCGCUCUCCGAGUUUGCGCUCAACCAUUACGGGGAGCCGGAUAUCGCGCUGUUCGACUUCACAUCGAUGUACGCUGCGGAGAAUGCGAGUAUGGUGUACGAGCGCCUCGGGCGCCGCCUGCUCUGCCAGCUGGUGGGCGACAGCCUGCUGGAGCCCUUCUGGCCGACGGGCUCGGGCUGCGCGCGCGGCUUCCUGUCCGCGCUGGACGCGGCCUGGGCCGUGCGCGCCUGGAGCGGAGCCCUGCACCCGCUGCACGUCAUAGCGGAGCGGGAGUCCGUCUACAGACUGUUGGCUCAAACGACCCCCGAGAACCUGCACCGGGACUUCGGCGCGUACACCCUGGACCCGGGCACCCGGUAUCGGAACCUGAAUCGGACGGCCGUGGCCGCGCCGAGGGUCACGGGCUUCUACGACUCGGACGAACCUCUACCGCUCGACGCCGGCACGGCUCUGCGCAAGCGACGCCGCGAAGCGGACGUGUCCGACGAAGUCCUGCUAUCCUGGGCGGAGGUGACUGAAGGCGGGCUGCGGGCGGCAUGCGGCCCGGGCCCGCUGCUAGCCUUACUGGCCCGCUACCGACCCGACUUGCUCGCAGACGAAACACCCCCUCACGUAAUACUUCAACAGGAGUUCGGUAUCGCGCCGUUCUCCUCGACGGGCUCGACUCGAGACGUGGCCGAGGCGAAGCUGCGCUCGUACCUCAUGAGGGUGUACCACGCCUUCAAGGGCGAGGUGCCCCACGUGCACCACAAGAGCGACGAGUUCGGACAGAUCAAAAUCAGUCAACAGAACGAGAAGCACGCGCGAACAGCCAACGAUGCCAUAUCUGUGUACUCGAACGCAGCCGAGGCCGACAAAUCGCACUCGUCGUACCGAAAGAAGCGGCGCGCGCUCCGCACUCCCCAAGUAAGUACCGAUCCCGCCGAAUACAUCCGCAGGCAGAUAGGCAAGCUCGACCUCAACGACAUAACGCAGCUGGCACGCCUCAUACAGGGCCACGACUCCGCCGACACACACGAGGACAAACAGAGGGAGCUCCAACAACAAAUACUGGCCCUACUCGACCCCGAGGACACCCCCGAUCCUGCGCUAGUAAGACACUCACUAGAAAAACUACUCGGUACCACCAAAACUAAAGUUAGCGAUGACAAAUCCGUUGCUAGCUACUUCAACAAACAAGACGUGCCCGCGAAGCCGCAGCGGAGAUUAAAAGGUCUCGACGCGUCGACGAUCAAAGUCGUAGAUUUAUCAGAUUUAGACGCGGAAACUGAUGUAACUUUGGUUAACGAAUUCAAAAUUGAUCGCAAACCGAGAUUGGCGAAGCUGCGACAAGAAAAGUUCAGCAGAUCUAUAGAUACACCGAAACUUGAUGCUAUGAAAUUCACGCGAUCGUUUUCAACGGAAGGCAGAAGUUUAAAGCCGCGAUCGAACUCUAUAGAUUCACCUGAAACUCUUCAAAACACUAAACGAAUAGCGCAGAUAUUCGAAGGACACUCUAGAAGGAACACUCCCAGUCCGGAGUCGAGAACUAAACGCUCCAGCUCUAUAACUACCCCAGAUAUGCUUCUCCGGUGUCAACGCAUGGCUAAUAUUAUAGAAGGGAAACAGACUUAUAGCCCGGAGCGUUUGAAAUUAGAAUCUAUUGGAGACAACGAAAUGGCUGCUAGGAGACAGAGAGUGCACGACCUGAUACACGGAAAGCCUAAAGAGAGCGAAAGCGAGGAUUAUAUUAAGAAAACAUCGGAUAUGCAAGCUUUUCGUAUGCAGCGCGUGUCAGACAUGAUGCAGAAGAGAGCCGAGAAGAAGAAGAGCUGUGGUAGAAGGAAAGCGGCAAGAGUUAUAAUGAAGCAGCGAUUCGAGAAGAGUUUACAAAUGCUAGCGGCGGAACCGAAGUUGGACUUCGCUGGGGCGGAUCUGGAGAACGACUAUGGGCUGCAGCAGUACAGGGCGAGCGCUCCGCACUUCGACGACCGAGUCAGGACGCUGGAGAAACAGCUGCAGCAUUAUGAAGAGGGUCGUAUCGUGGGCGGGGGCGCGCGCGCGGCGGGCAGCGGCGCGCGCGUGGCGAGGCUCGCCGCCGAGCUGUCGGGCACGGCGCCAGUCAGCGCGCCGAAGGCGUCCAAACCUAAGGAUUUGAUGAGAUCCGUCGGCAAGAUAGAGCGAGACGACUGGAAUGUGAGGGAGAUAGAACGUAAGAUACUUGAAAACAAGCUCGGCCGACCGGAGCCGAGGGCGGCCGAGCGCGUGCCGAAGUGGGACAGGGAACAGUUCUUAGGCCGCCAGAAACGUCUAAAGGAGGGCGAUAACGAGGAGAAGUGGGGUGAAAUAGACGAGACGCUGCAGAAGCUGGACCAGAAGCUCAAGGACUCUGGCCGUCCAGACCACGGCACCAAGAAGGUCGCCAACCUGGCCACCAAAUUUGUUAAAAAGGAAGAACCGGACGCUAAAAUUCAACCUAAAGAAGAGAAGAAGAGUUGGCGCGGGCCGUCGUCCGCGGGCGUGCAGUGCGCGGCGUGCGGCACGCGCGUGUUCGCCGCCGAGCGCGUGACGGCCGACGGCCUGCAGCUGCACCGCGCGUGCUUCCGCUGCGCCGUGUGCAAGGCCGUGCUGCGGCCUGGGAGUUACGCAAUGGAGCGUUACGGCAGCCGCCUAGUGUGCCUCCGGCACGCGGGCGCCGCCCCCGAGCCCCCCACCCCCACCCCCGAGCGGAUCAGCAUCGAGCUCUCGGACGGAGCGAGGGAGAUAGACGAAGACGAGUGGACCGACCGCAACUGUCUACAGAGCGAGACGAGCGCCGCGCCCGGCCUGAGCGACGAGGACGAGUCGAGCUCGGACGAGUACACGGACGCGGCGUCGGACCGGUCCGGCGGGCGCUCCCCGGACGCGCUGCCGCACAUCCGUCCGGCGCUGUACUCGGACGACUCGUCCGGGUACGACGACCUGUCCACCGGACCCGAGGGCGCCGAGUCGUCCGGCGGCGAGUCGUGCUCGCGCAUGCGCCUGGCGCGCGAGGCGCGCCGCCGCGAGGUGCCCGCCGACGCGCGCCCCCCCACCGACAGCAGCGAGGUGGAGUCCGAGGACAGCUCCUCCAGCGACGAGGACGUGUCGUCCGCCACCGAGGUGUCCACGGACAGCGAGUUCGCCGCCGAGGAAUCCGCGCCCCAACCCACCCCGCCCGCCAUCCUCGUCACCGAACCCCCGCCCCCUAUAGAAUACCCUCUAAGCAAAACUAAAUCCGCUAGCGGGCUCGCUACCAAAAGAGCUCUAGAACUCAAAAGGAGAUACUUACUCGGAGAACCAUCCCCUCCCGCUGUCAGAAAAUCUGAUUCAACCUCUCAACUCGACACCAAAUUUGAAGCCUUCAGAUCCACUAUAACGGAAUUCCAAAAAUUAUUACACCCGGCCACGACCACUCAAAGCCCAGUAGUCGCUUUCCAGACAGAAGAAAAGAAGGCUCAACCCAUGCCGGAUAUCAUUAAAAAUCUCUGCGAUGAUGCUCCCGUUGAUCUCUUGUCUAGAGAGGUCAAAAAAGAGUGGAGAGAAGAGACAAUUAAAGAGAAAGAAAAGGAAUUGGAUUCAGAUUCGUUGUCAGAUUCAUCGCACACAGAAACGGCCCCUAAAUCCGUGCCGAGAGUUGAAGUUCAUGAUGAAGGCGGGGAAUUGAUUCAACUAGAUAGUUUAACUAUAGUUAACAGUGAUACGGAGAAAGCGUCCGGGACAGCGACUGAAACCGGCCCCACAGUCGUCGCGGCUGAGUCUGAAUCUUCGGAGUCUUGUAGAGACGCAACCACAUUAGCUCUGACAGAAACUGAGCUAUCAGAUUGGGCGGCAGAAAGCGCUGUUUUGGACGAAUGUCUAGAAGACAAUAAGCGAAAUAAACCAAGGAAACUGAGCGGCUUAAAAACUGUUCACGACGCUAAAAAUAUAUCAACGAUUUCUUCACAUGUUUGCGGGAAAACCAGCCCAGAACCUGUGGUGUAUUCCAACGCUUUGGAGCAUUUCGAAUUCGCCGAUGAAGGUGAACAGGAUCCUUCAAUUGAGACUCCAGUUACCCCCCGCAACGAAGGGUAUAUGGAAUUGGUAGAUGACUUUGAGUAUUCACCCAGCAACGAUAGAUCCAUGAACUUCAUUGAGAGGAGUUUUGAAACGGUGUGUAAACCGACUUUGGCUGUGACUGAAGUUGUUGAAACCGAGCCUUUAGAAGAGCCUAAGGUCGCAAUCCCUGCAGAAGAGCCUAAACCUGAGAAGGGCGAAGAUGAUAACAAAGAUUCUCUGUCUCCGGAUAUAAAGAUAGACUCCUUAUCGCUUUCAGACGUAUCGCCACCUUUAGAGACAAAAAAUGAAGAAACAGAAUCUCCGCCACUCGCGCCCGAAACUCCGAAAUCUCCAAACGCACCAAUUUACAACUCAAGCAACUUCGCUCCGUGUUUAUUAGUAUAUUCCCCGGCUAUCUGCAGAUCUGCGAGCGAUAACAUCAACUUAUCCUACUCUAGAAGCACAGACUCGCCGUCGAGAAGCAUAGACCUAUCAGUGUCUUUGAUGCUCAGCUCUGGUUCUGUAUCACCAGUGAGUCCAAUCCCUUUAAACACUACAGACAAAGUGCAGGAGAUAAAAAGAGAGAGAGAGGAACAGACGGAAGUGGUCAGAAGACUGGUCUUAGAGCGGUUAGGGAGCGGGCCGAGAUUGAAUAGGAAAUCUACGAGGAGAACCAAAGUAUCACCCUGUUCGAACGUGCCCCCGCCUGUCCCCCCGCCUCCGACCUUACCGACCCCGCCCCCCUUACCGCCGCCUCCAGAGAUCCCUCCCCCGCCUCCCCGCCCCGCGCCCCCCUUAAUGCAAGUCACCCCCUCUUUCUCAGACCCGGAGCUGGCGAGAGAGAGACGGCGGAAGAGUAUUAUGAAAAGUAUUUCCAACUACCUGAAUAGGAGGCUCGGCCCGCGGCAGAAGGAUCCACCACAGAGUUGCUACAGUGCCCACAAGUCGACGGGGGCGCUGCAGGAGCCGCCGCCCGUGCCGCCGCCCCCGGCGCGCUACCGCCCCCCCCUGCCCGCUACCAGACUCACCGCCCAUAACCAAACUAACAGCAGGGCCGUCGGACGUGGACGAGCGAGACGCAAUGCAGCUGUGGUUCGAGGCGCGGUGGGCGCGGCUGGUCGCUCAGCGGCGGGCCCGCGAGCCCCGUCGCGACGGCCGGCUGGCCCGGCUGGAGCGGCGGCUGUCCAGGCCGCUGUCAGCGGAGCAACAGGCGGCGACGGUGGCCGAGCUAGUGCAGGUGUCUGCGCAGCGCGAGGCGCACCAGGCGUUAAUGGCCGCUGACAGGAGGCGUAGUGCUGCGAGCAGCGGCGUCGGUGACUAGAGCUACGCCAUCAUACUGUCCUCCCCUCAUCACUUCACGUCACCUACCGCAGGCCUAGCUCGGCAACUUUCGGGUCGGCUUCGGCCAGUGUUGCCAGGCGUACGAUAAUUAUCGUACAUGUACGAUAAUUUGGGCUCCGGUACGAUGUACGUUCCAAAGGGCAUUAUAAUUUCAGCCCUUGGACUUGAAAAAGUCUAGUGUUUGAAGCAAAGUAUGAUACUUACCCUCAGAGGCUAAAAUUAGCUUUCCGGGUGUUCGGGUCCUUGGUGUAAGUCAAAAAACGUCGAAAUUUCCUGUAAACCGUUUGGAGCUGUCACAAAAAUACACAAAUAUAAAACUGAUUUCUGCGCAAUUUAUAUGGAAAUUGUUUUUUUUGGAAAUUUAAGCUUAUUUCGCAAGUAUUUUUUAACGGUACGAUAAUUUUGACACUCAAAUAUGAUAAUUCUUUUCCGCGCACCUGGCAACACUGGCUUCGGCAGUCAUCGGGUCCCUUCGGCCUUCGUCACUCGCGCCGACGCAAGUUUGACAGCUGUAUCGUUAAAACAGUAGACUUAUCAUGAGUUGUAUGCGGCCUUAAACUGUGUCAACUGUAACGCCGUGCAUCUCGCUUGCGCCAAUGUCAGUGCGAGGGAGAUGCAUUGUAAGUUAGUUCACGUUAUGUAAGUGUCAAACUCGUGGUAAUGAUACAGCUAAGAAAAAUCUGUUUUGUGUUGAACUGAUAAAACUGAAAUUUGGUCUUACGGCCAACUUAGUUUUGUGCCUGUUUUUAUUAAAUUGAAAGAUAAGUUCCGUCGAACUGUGAGGUGGGAGUCUGUGCUUGUUGCAUAGAUGGCGCUACAGUCAUUAAUAAGAAAAGUUUAGUGUCAUGAUUAUUAAGUAAACUAAUAACGUGUAUUGUUGUAAAAUAUAAUAAAUAUAGUAUUAUAUUCAUAUUAGACCAUGCGAGAUCAACUUCAGAUAUUAUUAGUUUUAAAAACAUCCAUAUACGUGUGUCAAAAAUUGCUGGGCCUGUACUUUUAUACAUUUUAGUUUUUUUUUGGGACGUGGCUAGGUGACGAGGGAUUUUUUGAUUUAGUUUUGAUUUUAGCGAAAUUUAGUGUUCAUAUUUUUAAUAUUUUAGUUAAUUAUUUUUAUACUAUAGGCAUUUAAAUGCAUCACACAUAUAUAUAGACUACGUCUAUGGAGCAUUUUAUGUUUUUAUCAUUAAAUAUUCUAUGCUUUACUUUUAAUCACGGUAUAUUAUAUACUGUAAAAUUAUUUCGUAUUUUUUAAAUCAGUUCUUCCGUUUAUAUCUGAUGCAGUCGCCUUCAGAUAUAUAGGAGCGGCCGAGGUGCCCACAAAUAUCUGAACACGAGUCGUGCUCAGAUAUUUAUGUUGUGAUAAAUUGAUAAAUCUGAUGGUGACUGUACAUGUUUAUGUUUUUCGUGUUUACCGUCUUGAUAUUUCAAGAUAAUACGACUUUUUUGAGUUACGUAUCGAACUUUGGUACAAUUUUUGGGUUAACUUUGUAAUGUAUACCUAUGGGGUAAAACCCGGAUAGAUGCCAUACUUUUUGAAAAAGCCUCAUGACUACGAAUGUUUUAAUCUUACGAGAAUAAUUUCAAUUAGAUUAGCUAGUCUAAUCUCACUCUGAGACUUGUCUCAUCUGUUCUAAUAACUACAGUUAGUACAGUUUAUGCAGAAUAUUCGUUUUUCCAGUAGAUGUUUUUGAGGACAGGUAUGGAAUGCCUCGUCAUGAAAUUGAUAAGACGGAUUGAUGCCCUAUGGAAUAAAACAAUUAAAAAUAUCCUGGGCAACGGUUGGAAGACUGAGGUAUGUAGGGAUCGUGCUUCCUACUUAAACUAUUAUUUUUUCGUUCCUAUAUUGGGAAGUUUUUUGAAAGUGGAGCAACUAUACAACUGGGGCAUCUAUCCGGGUUUUACCCUACGUUCACAAUAGAUUGCAUAUAACUUGUUUUGUACGUAUUCGUUCGCUAUUUUUUUUUAUAACGAUUGUUUUGAAGUUAGCUUAUACCUCUCGCGCCGAAUUAUAGUUUGUAUGAAAGUUUCUUCUAAUCUCAAUUGCUUGAAUUUAAUUAAAGAAAUGUUUACUACCUUAUUACUUACCGUACCGGCCUAUAAUAUAUCACCUUUGUUUUGUAUAAACUUGUAUAAAGUAAACAAGAUAGGUUUGUAGUUUUUUUUUACUGACCAAGCGACUGUGGAGCACGAGCUAAGCGUCUCCGUUUCACAUUGAACAAUUUUUUUUUCUUAUUCAAUGUUAAUUUUUAUUAAGUUGGUGUAUUUUUUAUUAUUUUAGGUCGCAUUACUUAAAUUAUUUUCGUUUAUUAUUCUGAGCACGUUCGAAAUACUCCUAAAAGUAUUCACUUCAUCAAAAAGCUUUUUUGGAAUCCUUAAUCUUAUUUUUUUCUUAUUAUGAAGCCGAUGGUCCCGGGUUCAAAUCCUAGUAAGGGCAUUUAUUCGUGUGAUGAGCAUGGAUAUUUGUUCCUGAGUCAUGGGUGUUUUGUAUGUAUUUAAGUAUUUAUAAAUAUUUAUAUACACCGUGUUUUUAUUGAAUUGCGUUAACUCCGGGGUUUCGGUAAGUACGUUUAAGGAAACUAAAUGGCAUAGUUAAUUUUCAAAAAAAAAUAUUUUUUUUUGUUUUUUUUUACUAUUUUUAUUUUUAUAAAAAGUAACUAAAUGUUGCAUAUAGCGUUGUUGUAACACGGGCAUUACAUUUAACUCAACCAAACAAUUGAAAACUGUGACAUAUCAAUGUCAUUUCUAACAUCGAUCGUCCGAGAUAGUACGUACGUUUAGUAGCAAAUGUAUGAACUCGCACUAAACACUAACUAAUAAGUAAACAGGUCCUAAAGCAAGUGUACACGCUCGUAAGGGCCUUAUAAUAUAAAAAAUUAUGAUUGAUUAUCUCCGAAAUGGAGUUAGUUAGAAUAUCGGUAUCUUUGAGAAAGUUACUUAAUUUAAGCUCAGGAAUGCACCCUCGAAAUUAACGCAAAUCAAAAAAAACACGGUGUAUAUCGUUGUCUAAGUACCCUCAACACAAGCCUUAUUGAGCUUACUGUGGGAGUUAGUCAAUUUGUGUAAUAAUGUCCUAUAAUAUUUAUUUAUUAUUAUUUAAUAUUUAUUGGUACUGGUAUGGUCAUAACUUCCAGAAAAAUCCUACAAUUUUUUCAGGUGACAGCUACUCCAUAUAAAAUGAACUAUCUUAUUAACCAUCAUUCGACGCGCGAGGUAGAGUUGUUUGAAUUUGUGGGAAAAAUAGCUGUUCGUUGAACCGACCAGGUGGCCUAGCCAACGAAACAAAUCUUGGUUAGACCCCCAGAACGUCGCAUUGUUGUUUAUUCAACCAAACUGAAAAUUGAAUGUAACGUUGCAAAUUAGUAUAAAUUAUUCGUUUUAAAUAAGAAUUCAAACUUCAUACAAUAUUUGAAUUCGAAAAUCAUUAAAUAAAUUUCUUUGAGAAACGGGUGAUUUUCAUAACCCCUGUGGACAACGGUGUGCUAGAUAUGCCAAAUGAGUAUAUUUAUAUUUUAUAGGUAUAUGUGUAUGUCGGUAGCCGAUCGUAAGAUCAGGCAGAUCGUGAAGUUCCUAGGCAUUUCGUGAAACGUGAAAUGUUGGUCUCGUUCCCCGAGUCGACGGCGGGGCUCCUAGUUCUGGACAGUUUGGGCCAACCUACCGAACCUAUCCUACCAUCUAUUGGUAUAAUGUGACUAUCGUCCAAACAUUACGAUCUGCCUGAUCUUACGACCGCCCGCAUAUACAUAAUUACACAUAGGCUUAGGUUAUGCCUAGCUAACACAAAAAGACUAAACCUCUUCUAAAAUUGCUACUAGUUCGCAUCGAUGCUAAAAUUCGCAAUCACAUUUGUUAUUUUUUGAAGUAUUUAAAACAUAGUCUAGAUGGCGCCGUAAGACCCUAAGGGUCCCAGCAAACUCGGUUCUCCUUACAAACGUAGCUACGCUCCCAUUUAUUUAUUUAUUUAUUGCAACAACUAAUAUACAACUAAUAUAUAUGUAUUGUUUUUUAAAACGACUCGCUAGAUUGCUCUGAAACUUUGUACUUACAAUGGGAUAAGGUAUAUCUAUGCCUGUAAUUAGUUUAUGUAGCUUCAGAUACCGCGCUGGUGGCCUGGCGGUAAGAGCGUGCGACUUUCAAUCUAGAGGUUGCAGGUUCAAAACCCGGCAUCGUACCAAUGAGUUUCUCGGAACUUAUGUACGAAAUAUCAUUUGAUUCGGGUACAAAUCCUGGUAAGGGCAUUUAUUCGUGUGAUGAGCAUGGAUAUUUGUUCCUGAGUCAUGGGUGUUUUAUAUGUAUUUAAGUAUUUAUAAUUAUUGAUAUAUUAUAUAUAUCGUUCUCUAAGUACCUUCAACACAAGCCUUAUUGAGCUUACUGUGGGACUUAGUUAAUUUGUGUAAUAAUGUCCUAUAAUAUUUAUUUAUUUAUUUGAUAUUUACCAGUCGCUUUUCGGUGAAGGAAAAUAUCGUGAGGUAACCGGACUAAUCCCAACAAGGCCUAGUUUUACCCUCUGGGUUGGAAGGUCAGAUGGCAGUCGCUUUCUUAAAAAGUGCCUACGCCAAAUCUUGGGAUUAGUUGUCAAGCGGACCCCAGGCUCCCAUGAGCCGUGGCAAUAUGCCGGGACAACGCUAGGAAGAUGAAGUAGAAGAGCUUCAGAUACUAUAGUUAAAUAAAAAACAACGGGUUGCACUCCGGGAGUGCCGGCAGAAGUGAAAACUUGAACAUUAACGUUGUGCAUUUUUGAUGGUUAGGGAAUAAUUCUGCACGAAUUGUUUUAAUUAUCAGUAUAAAAGUACUAUCAUUUAUGUGGUAAAAUACAAUAUUUAUUUAUUGCGCUAUCGCACACAAACAUGACAAUUAAAAAUUGAAGAUUUCAGAACUAUUACAAUUAUUUAACAUAAAAAAUGCAUAACGUUUAUAUUCAAGUCGCGCCGGCGGUCUACUGGCUUCAAUCACAUAGUAAUAGUAACAGUUUUUCGAUCAGUACCCCUAGUGUAAAUAAAUUCGAUUUCGAAACGUGACGUACGCAUUUGCAUUUAGUAGAGCGCGCCAAGCGGGACGUUUUGGAAACUCAAAAUCCUAUACAAAAUGAGACUUAACGCAAACGCGUUCGUCACGUUAUGAUGUCGAUCAAAUUUACACUAGGGGUACAGGUCACGUGUCCGUCUUACGAAUUUUCAAUCCGUCUAAUCGGUCGGUCACGUGACCUGUCGCGAGUUUAACAUUUUUUCCCCAUCACAAAAAGUGCACAGCGCCGCUAAAGAAGUUUUCACUUCAAAAAUACAGCGAAUUUAAGUGUUUCAUACAAAACUUGUUCUUGCUCUACUUCGUUUGUUUCAUAAACUGGGGCCAUAUAAACGAAUUACAGGACUAGAUAUACCUCAUGUAUGUUCAAAGUUUUAUUAUAAUCCAACACGUAGUUUAAAAAACAGAACGAAACUCCGUUUGUAUGGGAAGGUGAAAUAUGGCCGAGCUUGCUGCGGACUCUUAAGGGAUCGUAUAUUCUUAAGAAAAUUCCACCUAUACCGCCGAGGCCCGGAUGGCCGAGUGGUCUAGGCAUCUGCUGCGAAUGCAGAGGACACUGGUUCGACUAGGCCUUGGUCACUUUUCAUAUGUGAAAUCAAUUGUAGUUUUUAAUUUUUUUAUAUACACAUGAUGAUUUAGUUAUUACGAUACAAGCACGUAAUGUUCUAAUUAUCGCACUAGUGCGGUAAAGUAGCACCAUAUAUACUGUAAAAUAAUUUGUUACCUAACAUUCAACAAAGCUCGUUAAUAGCAAAGAGAAUUUGAAAUAGAGGUGGAUUGUCAAAGAAAAUUUUGUAGCUACAAUUUACUGCCAUCCUUCGACUUAUGACUAAAACUUUUAGAACGCCAUUUGAUUUUAAUCCUUUCACUGAUAUUAAAUUUCUUAAAUAUGGCGUGGCGUCAUCUAGAUCAAAGGCCAAAGGUAUGGCUGCAUCGUUUCGAGGGAUGGCGUCUAAUAGGUUUAUCCGGUCAUUUAGUGUUAGUUAAGCUAAAGCUAACUUUAUCGUAAGUAUAAAGAUAGAAUGCACGGGUCACUAAAGGUCUACAAUAUUUUUAUAUUCGGCUUGGUUUUUGUUGAAAGUCUUCACUAUUUUGUAUAUUAAUUAAGCUUCAGAACUGAGCGCUGUAUAUCUAUCUGUAAGUAAAUCGUUUUAGACGUCAUGUUUUCUUAAAAGGGUCUAAUGUAAGUGUUGGCCGAACAAUUAGAAUUGACUGUAACCAUUACAAAUUGAACCGUAACCGUGGUUAAUAUUUAAUAUUUUCAAUUCUAAUUAACUUUCGACCAACAUGAAACUACCAAUAUUGGUCUAGUUUAGAGUGUCAGAAAUAAUUAUACUUUUAUAGUGUAUUUUAACCAAAAUAAAUAUAAUAUAAAUCAAAAAUUAAAAAUGACAAUUCCGUCAACCACUAAA